AUCACCACGUCUCGCAACCCCUUCCUCUUCGCAGCCCAGGCGGACCUCGCCGGGGCAGCCCCACCACCGCACCGCAAGGACUGCACCUCCGCCACACCGUACAACCGCAGCCUGGAAAAGAGGGACAUCAGCGACGCCACCGCCGCCGGAGCUUCGCGCGGCAGACUACAGUACACUUCGAUGCAGUACAUAACUACAUAUACCAAUCCCAUUAUAUAUCAUCAAGAAGGUUGGUUGCAGCAGCAGCAUCAGACAUGGGAGAAAACACACAGGAACUAGCAGAUCACGGCCUUUGUUCCCACCCCAGAAAGCUCCUUAGUUGUUCCUUGUUUGCUCUCUUCACCUUGUCUCUCAUCUACUUCAUCUUCUACUCCUCCCCAUCUUCUUUCGCGCCCUACGCCGAUCUGUUCGACCAAUUCAAAACACAACGAGCAACCAAGAACACCUCUCUCCCACCUCCUCUAGCAUGGUUGCAGUGUGACUACAGCAACGGGAAGUGGGUGUGGGACGACAGCGUCACCGGCCCGCGGUACGACAGCGAGAACUGCGACAUGAAGAGCACGGAGAAAUGCGUCGUCAACGGCAAGCCGGACAAGGGCUACCUGCACUGGCGCUGGCAGCCGGCGGGCUGCAACCUCACGGCGCUCGACCCGGCGGGGUUCCUCCGGCUGGUCCAGGGCAAGCGCCUGGCCUUCGUCGGCGACUCCACGGCGCGGAACCAGGCGGAGGCCCUCGUCUGCUACCUCUCCACGGUGGCGCGGCCGGAGACGGCGCACCGGUACGAGGAGCGCCUCGGGCGCAAGUUCUGGCGGUGGGUCUUCCCGGCGCCCCAUGGCGUCAGCGUCUCCACCUACUGGUCGCCGCUGCUGGUGCGCGCCGAGGGCCACUCGGAGGACUACGCCAUGACGCAGGAGGCGGUGGUCCUCGACGCGCUCACCGAGCCGUGGACCGCGGACGCCGACGCCAUGGACGUCGUGGUGGUCUCGGCGGGGCACUGGUUCCCGCGGCCGGCCAUGUACUACGAGGACGGGGAGGUCGUCGGCGUGUACUCCCGCCCGGACCUCAACAAGACCGACAUCGGCUACCUCGGCCCGUACCGCAAGGUGCUCCGGAGGACGCUGGAGUACAUCAGCGCCAACUCGACCGGCGACAAGCUCGUGGCGGUGGCCACCAUCGCGCCGGGGCACUUCGACCCCGGGCGCAGCUGGAACCACCGCGACGCGUGCUCGCUCACGAAGCCGUACGAGGCCGUGGAGGCGGAGGUGGCGGCCGCGGACGCCGAGAUGAGGAAGGUGGUCCUGGAGGAGGUGGCGGCGGCCGCGGCCGCGGCGGGGCGGCGGCGGCGCGGGGUGCGGUUCGAGGCGCUGGACGUGACGAGGCUGGCGACCCUGCGGCCCGACGGGCAUCCCGGCCCCUACCUCUUCGCGCACGCGUACGACCGGCGCCCGGUGCCGGAGACCGUCGCCAACGACUGCCUGCACUGGUGCGCGCCGGGGCUCGUCGACACGUUCAACGACAUACUGGCCAAGAUGAUCGUCGCCGGCGGCUGAUCCGAAUGAAUGGAUCUUGGCUGAGAAAAGACAUUGCAGUGUAGUUUGUCCACACAUGCAUUGUUUGACAUUUUGGUCAAUGCUCAAGUUCAAUAUUACUCGUGGCAGGCGAAAGGUUAAAGGCGUCAACGAGGCUGUCCGUCCGGCCCGAGAGGCGCGCACGACGUCCUCUUACCACCUCGUCUUCUUGCCCUUCCCUAACCAGAUGGGAGUGAAAAAUUGGUGAACCAUAUCUAUGUAGAAUUCGGCGCGUGUUUGGCGUGAUGCUGCGCGGCAGGUUUCAAUUGAGCCUGCCCGGUCUAUCAAUGAUCUGCGCUGGGCCUUCUGAGAGUUCACACGGGUACUAGUUGGGUCGUUUCUGCCCAUUGCAGCCCUGCAACUUUUCAUGUGCGUUUCACGUCCUGUUUGGCUGCUUUCUACAUUAUCUGCUCUGCUGCAGUUGAACUUGCUCCUCUAUGUAACCAUGUUCGUGCUCGAACUAUUUUUUGCUAGCUCAUGCUUUGUCACAAGCAUGGUUUAGCAAAUCUUCUUGUACUAGUUAGGUGAACCAUUUCCCCGUACAUGCAAUAGAUAAUCUGACAG